AUGGCGGCUGAGGCCCUUGCGGCUGAGGCGGUGGCGUCGCGCCUGGCGCGGCAGGAGGAAGACAUCCGCUGGCUGUGGGCGGAGGUCCACCGUCUGAGGGACGAGCAGCUGAACGCGCCGGACCGCUGCCAGGCCGAGGGGCCGUGCCUCACGCGCGAGGUGGCGCAGCUGCGGGCAGAGAACCGCGAGCUGCGCCACCGCCUGUACCGUCUGCGGCUGUGCCUUGCGGAGGAGCUGAGCCACCAAGCGCGGCUGGAGAGCGCGGCGCGGGCGGAGGCGGGGCGCGCGGCCGCAGGCGCGCAGCCUCCUCCUAGUCAAAGCCCAGAAGAGGAUGUUAAAAAGGAGAUCGACCCUGACAAUGAGGUGAAGAAUCCGCCAAAUUUUAUGAAGGAAAGAUUGAAGUUUUUUGAAAUAUUGAAGAAAGAUCAUCACCUCUUACUUGCCAUUUCUGAAAAGAAGGGAGAUUCAAGCAAUGUGAUCACAGUAAGAGUGGCAGAUGGGAGAAUAGUAAAAGGGAAAGCUUGGAAAACAACGCCUUACCAGGUGGCUGCCGAAAUAAGUCAGGAGCUAGCAGAAACCACCGUGGUGGCCAAAGUGAACGGGGAGCUGUGGGACCUGGACCGCCCGCUGGAAGGGGAUGCCACUGUGGAGCUCCUCACCUUCGAGGAUGAGGAGGCCCAGGCCGUAUACUGGCACUCCAGUGCCCACAUACUCGGGGAAGCCCUGGAGCUCCACUACGGGGGCCUCCUGUGCUGCGGCCCGCCCGGCGGCGGCGGCUUUCACUACGAUGUGUACCUGGAAGACAGGGCCGUGUCCAGCGCAGAGCUGCCAGUGCUGCAGAGCAUGUGCCAGGCCAUCAUCCAAGAGCAGCAGCCAUUUGAGAGACUGGAAGUCAGCACGGAGGUCCUCCUAGACCUAUUCAAGUACGAUAAAUUUAAAUGCCGCAUCCUGAAGGAGAAGGUGGCCACGCCAACGACCACAGUUUACAGGUGCGGUCCACUAGUUGAACUUUGUAAAGGCCCUCACAUAAGACACACUGGAAAUAUUAAGGUCAUAAAAAUUUUCAAGAAUUCCUUGGCAUACUGGGCGGACAACCCUGAGAUGGAAAUGCUGCAGAGGGUCUAUGGGGUGUCCUUUCCUGAUGAGCAGCGGAUGGCUGCCUGGGAGGAGCUCCAGGAGGAAGCCAGGGCCCGGGACCACAGGACGAUCGGGAAGGAACAGGAACUUUUCUUUUUCCAUGAUCUGAGCCCUGGAAGCUGUUUCUUUCUUCCUAGAGGAGCCUUCGUUUAUAACACACUGAUAGACUUCAUACGAGAGCAGCACCACCAGCGCAACUUCAAGGAGGUCCUGUCCCCCAACAUGUACAGCUGCAAGCUCUGGGAGGCUUCUGGACACUGGCAGCAUUACAAUGAGAACAUGUUCACCUUUGACAUCGACAAGGACACUUUCGCCCUUAAGCCCAUGAAUUGCCCAGGGCACUGUCUGAUGUUUGCCCAUCGUCCACGAUCUUGGAGGGAAAUGCCAAUCAGACUUGCUGACUUCGGGGUUCUUCACAGGAAUGAGCCAUCAGGAGCUCUGAGUGGCUUGACCUGCGUCAGGCGCUUCCAGCAGGAUGACGCUCACAUCUUCUGCACAGUGGGGCAGGUAGACGGGAACUCAGGGAGGCAUGGUCAGCACAGGUCCAUGUUAGGGCAGAUUGAAGAGGAGAUAAAAGGGUGUUUGCAGUUUCUGCAGUCUGUUUACUCAACGUUUGGCUUCUCCUUUCAAUUAAAUUUGUCAACAAGACCUGAAAACUUCCUGGGAGAGACUGAGUUAUGGGAUGAAGCUGAAAAGCAGCUACAGAAUAGCUUGAUGGAAUUUGGGAAACCAUGGAAGAUAAAUGCUGGAGACGGAGCAUUUUAUGGUCCUAAAAUUGAUGUAGAAAUCAAGGAUGCUCUUGGCAGAUACCAUCAAUGUGCUACAAUCCAGCUGGACUUUCAACUGCCUAUAAGAUUUAACCUUACAUAUGUGAGUAAGGAUGGGGACGAUAAGAAGAACCCUGUGAUCAUUCACCAAGCCAUUUUGGGGUCAGUGGAAAGAAUGAUAGCCAUUCUCUCGGAAAAUUAUGGGGGAAAAUGGCCUUUCUGGCUGUCUCCUCGUCAGGUGAUGGUCAUCCCUGUGGGGCCAACUUGUGAAAAAUAUGCACUUCAGAUAUCCAGUGACUUCUUUGAGGAAGGAUUCAUGGCUGAUGUUGACUUAGAUCGUGGUUGUACACUAAAUAACAAAAUACGAAAUGCACAGCUGGCUCAGUAUAAUUUUAUUUUCGUGGUUGGAGAAAAGGAAGAGACAAAUCAUGCUGUAAAUGUUCGAACGAGAGACAACAAAAUUCAUGGGGAGAUCUCAGUAAUUUCCACCAUUGAUAAACUGAAGAAUCUCAAGCAGUCACGUACCCUGAAUGCUGAGGAAGAAUUCUGA